AUGAUGGCCCAGUUUUACACUGCCAUCAUUGAAUCCAUUAUUACCCACGCCAUCAUCACCUGGUUCCCAUUUACAGCAGCAAGGGACCUCCACAAGCUGCAGCGUGUGAUACGCUCUGCGGAGGGAGUGAUUGGCUGCCCCUUGCCCUCCCUGAAUUCUCUGUACGACUCCAGGGCGUUGAGGAGAGCUAGGAAGAUCAUGGCCGAUCCCUCUCACCCUGGCCAUGGCCUCGUCACCGUCCUCCCCUCUGGUAGGAGGCUGAGGCUACCUAAGGCUGUGAAAGCCCGCCACAGACUCGGCUUCUUCCCCUCAGCCGCCAGGCUCAUCAAUGACUCAGAACUCCCACAAGAAAUUGUUUGUAAGGGGAAGAAGGUAUUUUCUUGCAGCACCUGCAGGAAAGAGUUCGGUAGAAAGAGUAUUUUAAUAGAACAUAUGAAGAUCCACACUGGCGAAAGGCCGUACCUGUGCAACACCUGCGGAAAAUCGUUUAGACAAUCAUCAACGCUCAAGAACCAUAAAAUGAUCCACACGGGCGAGAAGCCGUACCUGUGCAACACCUGCGGAAAAUCGUUUAGAAACUCAGCAACGCUCAAGGAACAUAAAAUGAUCCACACGGGCGAGAAGGCCUACAUCUGCAAAAUAUGUGGAAAAAGUUACAGGCAACGUACCAGCCUGGUGGUUCACUCGAGGACCCACACCGGCGAAAGGCCGUACCUGUGCAACAUCUGCAGAAAAACCUUUACUAAUUUAUCGUAUCUUAAACGGCACAUAACCAAGCACACGGGCGAGAAGCCCUACAUCUGCAAAACAUGUGGAAAAAGUUACACAGAACGUUCCACCCUGGUGGUUCACUCGAGGAUCCACACCGGCGAAAGGCCGUACCUGUGCAACACCUGCGGAAAAACCUUUACUGAAUCAUCAGUUCUUAAACGGCACAUAACCACGCACACGGGCGAGAAGGGAUAUUUGUGCAAGACGGCUGGAGGCCUGAGCCUGGACUCCAAGAUCUUCAACUGCUGCUGUUACCGGCACCUCAGCUGCUCCAGCAGCUCCACGUUACACCAGAUUUUAAUGGAUCACAUGAAGAUCCACACUGGCGAAAGGCCAUACCUGUGCAACACCUGCGGAAAAACCUUUACUAAAUCAUCACAUCUUAAACACCACAUAACCACGCACACGGGCGAGAAGCCCUACAUCUGCAAAACAUGUGGAAAAAGUUACAGGCUACGUUCCAGCCUGGUGAUUCACUCGAGGACCCACACUGGUGAAAGGCCGUACCUGUGCAACACCUGCGGAAAAACCUUUACUAAAUCAUCACAUCUUAAAGACCACAUAACCACGCACACGGGCGAGAAGCCCUACAUCUGCAAAACAUGUGGAAAAAGUUACAGGCUACGUUCCAGCCUGGUGAUUCACUCGAGGACCCACACUGGUGAAAGGCCGUACCUGUGCAACACCUGCGGCAAAAGCUUUACUACAUUAUCAAAUCUUAAAAGCCACAUAACCACGCACACGGGCGAGAAGCCCUACAUCUGCGAAACAUGUGGAAAAUGUUACACAGAACGUUCCAACCUGGUGAUUCACUCGAGGACCCACACGGGCGAAAGGCCGUACCUGUGCAACACCUGCGGAAAAAACUUUACUAAAUCAUCACAUCUUAAAAGCCACAUAACCAUGCACACGGGCGAGAAGCCCUACAUCUGCGAAACAUGUGGAAAAAGUUACAGGCUACGUUACCACCUGAUAUAUCACUCGAAGACCCACACUGGCGAAAGGCCGUACCUGUGCAACACCUGUGGAAAAACCUUUAUUCAAUCAUCAAAUCUUAAAAGCCACAUAACCAUGCACACGGGUGAGAAGUGAUAUUUGUGCAAGACGUGCUACAAAGGUUUUAGCCGCAGAAUUGAUUUGCUGAGUCACAUGAAAAAUCACCCGGAGGAAAAGUCUGGUGACUCUUGACAAAUGAAGCUCAUGUUGUCGUCCUCCGGGGGCAGCUGUCCACUCCUGUCUGACCCACAGAAGAAGAACCCGCAGAAGUCCAACCACCCCCUCCUGUGGCUGAUGAGCCUAAUCCCCUCCCCACAAGGGUUGCAGGUUCAA